AUGUCUCGUCGCUACGAUUCAAGAACAACCAUCUUCUCGCCUGAGGGCCGACUCUACCAGGUUGAAUAUGCGCUUGAGGCCAUUUCCCAUGCCGGUACCGCCAUCGGUAUCCUCGCCAAGGACGGCAUCGUCCUUGCUGCCGAGCGCAAGGUCACAUCCAAGCUCCUCGAGCAAGACACCUCUGCAGAAAAGCUCUACGUCCUCAACGAUAACAUGAUCUGCGCCGUCGCUGGCAUGACGGCCGAUGCCAACAUCCUCAUUAACUACGCCCGCCAAGCCGCUCAGCGAUACCUCCUUACCUACAACGAAGACAUUCCAUGCGAACAGCUUGUGCGCCGUCUUUGCGAUCUCAAGCAGGGCUACACCCAACACGGUGGUCUCCGACCCUUCGGCGUCUCCUUCAUCUACGCCGGCUGGGACCCCCGUAGAGAAUUCCAACUGUACCUCAGCAACCCUUCAGGGAACUACGGUGGCUGGAAAGCCACCAGUGCUGGUGCCAACAAUGCUAGUGCCCAGAGUCUGCUGAAGCAAGAUUAUAAGGAAGACUGCACGCUACAGGAGGCUUGCGCUAUGGCCGUCAAGGUCCUGAGCAAGACUAUGGACUCCACAAAGCUGAGCAGCGAAAAGAUUGAAUUUGCCACGGUAGGCAAGACCGAGGACGGCAAGGUGUACCACAGGUUAUGGAGCGCGGAUGAGAUCACUGCUCUGCUAAAGGAGCACGAUCUAGCCAAGAACGAGGAGGCUGAGGAGAAAUAA